UGAAGGGCUGCCGCGUGGAAAAAGCUUCGGCUGCGUGAAAAUCACGAGUGUGCGGGGAUCGGGUUGUGAAGGGCUGCGCUCCUUGAAGCCUUCGUUUAGGAACGAGGGACGAUGCUGUGUGAGGCAGAGGCGCGUUCGACACUUGCAGAUCCGGUCCCCAUGGCUUAUCUCAGUGUGGAUGCUCAAGGGAGCAGUGAGGUGUCGCUGGAUGAUAUCACCAUCAGCUCCUCAGCUAGAGCUGUUGAGGUCUGCAGCAUGGAGCCAGCUGAAGAUGCUAAGACAGAGAGAUCUCAGGUGAACAAGAUUGGCUUAACAUCCCCUUUACCUCCUGCCUCCAGCAUGUGGACAACAGAACGAGAUGGAGAAGUGAAACUGAGGAUGGAUGAGGAGGGCGUAGGCAGCAGGACACCGAAGACUGUUCAUGACCUGUUCCAAGAAGCUGUUAGCAAAUACAGUGAUUAUCAUGCUCUUGCAUUCAAGAAGAAUGGCCAGUGGGUAAAGCUGACGUACAAGAUGUACUAUGACAAGUGCUGGAAAGCAGCCAAAAGCUUUCUGAAGCUGGGACUGGAGCGUUUCCAUGGAGUGUGCAUCUUGGGAUUUAAUUCCCCAGAGUGGUUCAUUGCUGACGUUGGAGCCAUCUUUGCAGGUGGACUUGCUGUCGGAAUCUACACUACCAACUCUCCUGAAGCCUGUCAUUAUGUGGCAGAGAACUGUAGUGCCAACAUUCUGGUUGUGGAAAACCACACACAGCUGCAGAAAAUCUUACAAAUUGAGCAUAAACUACCUCACCUGAAAGCUAUCAUCCAGUAUGGAGAAGAGAUAAAAGAGAAGAGACCAAAUCUGUAUUCUUGGAAGGAGUUUUUGGACCUUGGUGAAGAUGUUCCAGAUUCCCAGCUCCGUGAAAUCAUUGACUCACAGAAGCCUAACCAGUGCUGUACCUUAAUUUAUACCUCAGGGACAACCGGGCAGCCAAAGGGAGUAAUGCUCAGUCACGACAACCUGACGUGGACACCGAUAGCAGCUGGCCAUUCCUUAAUGCUGUUGGAAGCUACUGAAAAGCAAGAGCUGGUGGUCAGCUAUCUGCCCCUCAGUCAUGUUGCUGCACAGAUUCUGGAUAUUUGGCUAUCGAUAACAUUUGGAGGACAGGUUUUCUUUGCUCAGCCAGAUGCUUUAAAGGGCACCCUGGUAGACACCCUGCGUGAGGUGAGGCCGACUGCCUUCUUAGGAGUUCCUCGUGUCUGGGAAAAAAUAGAGGAAAAAAUGAAAUCAAUCGGUGCGAAAUCAUCGACGCUGCGAAGAAAAGUGGCAUCGUGGGCCAAGGGGGUCGGGCUGCAGACAAACCUGAAAUGGAUGAAUGGGUAUUCUGAGGUCCCGGUGAACUUCCGCCUGGCCAGGCAGUUGGUGUACAAGAAGGUUCGGAAGGCCAUCGGCCUGGAUCGGUGCACCAGGUGCUUCACAGGAGCUGCUCCCAUUAGCAGAGAGACUCUGGAGUUUUUCUUAAGUCUGAACAUCCCUGUGUUUGAGCUGUAUGGCAUGAGUGAGAGCUCAGGGCCUCACACGGUCUCCAUAGCUCAAGCGUUCAGGCUUACCAGCUGUGGGAAGGAAAUGGCAGGCUGUCGGACUCUGAUCCAUAAACCAGAUGCAGACGGCAUUGGGGAGAUCUGCUUUGCAGGAAGGCACAUCUUUAUGGGCUAUUUGAACAUGGAGGAGAAAACCAAAGAGGCAAUUGAUGAAGAUGGCUGGCUGCAUUCAGGAGAUCUUGGCAAGUGUGAUAAAGAUGGAUUCAUUUACAUCACUGGCAGAAUUAAAGAGCUCAUCAUCACGGCAGGAGGUGAGAACGUUCCUCCUGUUCCAAUUGAGGAUGCUGUAAAAGAGGCCUGUCCCAUCAUUAGCAACGCCAUGUUGGUUGGAGACAAAGCAAAAUUCCUUGCCAUGCUUCUGACGCUCAAGUGCACUGUAAAUAUGGAAAGUGGGGAGCCGGGAGAUGAGCUCACUGCAGAAGCUGUUGAAUAUUGUCAAAAACUGGGCAGCAAGGCUACUAAAGCCUCUGAAAUCAUAAGCAGCAAAGACAAGGCCGUCUAUGCAGCCAUCCAGGCAGCAGUUUCAGAAGUCAACAAGAGAGCUGUCUCAAAUGCCCAGAAAAUCCAGAAGUGGAUCAUUCUGGAGAAGGACUUUUCUGUCGGUGGUGGAGAGCUGGGCCCAACAAUGAAACUGAAGAGACCGGCAGUGGCACAGAAAUACAAAGAGCUGAUUGACGAGUUCUAUGUGGAUGCAAACACACCGACGGCGUCGGAGAACGCGCUGCGGCAGUGAGGGGGCGCGGUAGGAAACUUCCCCUGGUGCACAGCAUUCUGUCAGCCUGGGCUCCCUGCAACCGAUUCAGAGGGUUCUGCAGAAAUAAAUGACACUCAGCAACCACGCAGCCUUCCUGAGGUGCUUAGCCGUACAUCUAUGGGCCCUAUGACUGCAGGGUGCUCACACCCCGUUUUCCUGUGUCUCUUCACAUGCAGAGAGGUUGCUGUGUGUCCCUGAUUUGUAUUUUUCCUUUUUCUUUUUUUUAUAAGGGCAAUGCAUUUACCGUGUUAAUUCACAGUGUAUGGUGUGUCUUUACCAAAGUUUUCUUUUCCCAUGCUCAAUGUAAAACAACCAGGAUCUGCCCUUUUCCUGCUGUGUAGGGAAGGCAGAGCUCCUUUUAGAGCAGUCUGUUUUGUUUUCCUCGAUGCAUGUUCAAUUGCAUGCUGAUGACAUGGGAGUUAUUUUGUAUGGCUUUAUCCACAACCCAUCAUCUGUUAAGUGAGGCCAAUGCUGUGGGACUGCACACCCUGGCAAGUCUGCGUGGAACCUGGAGUUCACCAGGUGGGUUUGUGCAAUACUUGGAGUCUGUUUCAGCUUCCUGAGUCACAAUGAAACCAUAAAUUAUAUUGUUUAAGUAGCAUACAUGGACUAGAUUGUUUUAAAAGGCUGUGUUCAUGUGUGUAACCUCUGCCUGCAGUCUUACAAUCAUAGAAACGUUUAGGUGGCACUCUGGAGCUGUGGGGCUGUUGGCUGAUGUACAGAGAAGUUUAGAGGAGACAGCACAGGGAACAGCAGCUCCUGAGCUCCUCGGUGGUUCUGUGAGGCUCGUUCCUGUCUGUCCCUGCCUGGAGGGCCUUCAGAUCCCCUCAGCAAAUGAAGGACUGUUUGUAAAAUGGCUUUUUUUUCAAACUAGAAAUGUUUGAUCUGAAAAGAGAGCAGAAGAAGUUGUGUGCUGGUCCUGACUCUUGUUUUUCCCUGGACAAAACAGGAGCACCCAGAGCUGUUGGGUGCUUUGAGUGGAAAUGGCAGACAGGGAAAAAGCAACGACCCCUUUAAAUAAUGCAGAGCUCCAGCAAGCCCCUGCCUGCACGUUGUUGGUUCUGUGCCUCUGUCAAAUCCUGCAGGGGUCAGGGAGCGUUUGCAGUCCUCAGAACCAGGAACCUUGGGGGGGUUAAAGAUUGUAUUUAAUUGUAUUUAAUUUGGGCUCAGCACCACAGCAAACAGCUCAGUGAGGUGCCCACAGUGCCUGCAUGGAGUGUGGUUCUGCAUCAUGGGAACAGCUGCUCUUCUUGUGCAACCAUUUCUCAGCUGUGUGAGUUGGAAGUGUCUCAACUUUCAGAGCAAUGCCUAAUAAAUGCCCUGUGCUUUGUGUCUUCA